AUGAACGAGGGACGCCAAGGAGAAUUGGGGUUAGGUAUUCCAGGAAACUUUGAUGAUGAUAAUCAAGACAACGUGAAUAACCUGGAAAACGUGAAUAACCCAAGGAACCCAAAUAACCAAGGAGUACCGCCGAUUGUUCCCGUAAGACCAGUCCGUGAUGUGGCAGUCCCACUCACAGCCAACUUGACAUCCAGUAUUAGGAAACCUCCACCGGGGGGUAGAUUUGAACUAAAGCAGAGCAUGGUACAGAUCCUCCAAACUAAUGGGCAAUUCACUGGUCUCCCCCAUGUGGAUCCUCAAGUCCAUCUUAGAACUUUCAUAGACAUCACCAAUACAUACAUCCCAAUUGGAGUCUCAUCAGACUAUGUAAGGUUGACUUUGUUCCCAUACUCAUUGUUAGGAGCUGCAAGACAUUGGUUAGACUCUGAGCCACCAAACUCCAUCACCACUUGGGAUGAUCUAGCAAAGAAGUUCCUGAGUAGAUUUUUCCCAUCCAAGAAAACCACGAAGUUGAGGGGGGAGAUAAUAAACUUUGUUCAAAAGCAAGGGGAAGACAUCUACCAAGCAUGGGCACGUUUCAAACAAAUGUUGAUUGCUUGCCCACACCACAUGCAAACCAAUGAGGUACUUGCUCACACUUUCUUUGAAGGUUUAGAUUAUAAUGCUCAUUCUCUUCUUAAUAGUGCAACAAGUGGACAAGCCUUAUCCAUAAAAAGUGAAGAGUUCUUCGCCCUACUUGAUAAACUUUCAGAAGGGAACCAAGGGUAUGAGGGGAAAAUGUCUAGAACCCCCACCCAAAAGGCUGCAGGGAUCUUAGAUGUAGAUCAAGCUACUGCCAAAAAUGCGAAAUUAGAUGCAAUGCAACAUAACAUUACAUUGCAAUUUAAACAAAUAGCUCUAAAUCAGGCUCCGGUAAAUGUAGUACAACAUGCAGCAAAUUGGUGUGAGGUAUGUGGUAGUGGAACUCAUGAAACCGAGCAAUGCGAGGCAAACCCGGAUUCCGUAAACUAUGUGGGUAAUGCCCAAAGGGGUGGAGUCCAACAAAAUUAUGGUAAUACUUACAACCCUAGUUGGAAGAACCAUCCUAACUUCUCAUGGGGUGGGAACCAAAACCAAAAUCAGGCGCAAGGGGUUAACCAAUACAGUUCUCAAGGGGCUGGGCAAUAA